AUGGAAUGCCUGGCUGUAGCUCCAGAGACCACCGACCUGGUCUUCUCCGCUACACGUGGCGAGCAAGCUGCCUACCUUCUGGCGCCUCGCGAAGGCUGCGGAAGUUUCACGAAGAUGGUUCGGAACAAGGAGGCCUUUGUGCGAUUCAUGCGGCAAGUCUUGCACUUCAUCGAGAAGGUGGAGGGCCAUCGGAGCUAUCACCUCCGACUGUGUGCAGGCUGUGAGCCACCCGCAAUGAGGAGUGGCCCACUACCUACUCUAACAGACGAGCUGCAGGCCCACAUGCGACAAGCAGGCCCUCUGUUGAGUCAGACGGGUCGUCCGAUUCUGGUUGUGGUGCCGAACCGCUCCGUGCAGUUUCAAUCUGACUGCACUGAUGACGAGUUGGCUGAGCUUUGGUCCCUGGCGCUAGAUGUCAUCAAUCGCGAUGGUCAACACGGCCUGCAGGACAUCGAUCAGUUUGAUACCAUGCGCCUCAAUGCUGGUUCAUUCCAGAACAUCCGCGACCGAUUCCAGGCCAUGUGGGCUGAUCACCCGGGCUACCAGGCUGGGGUUCUGAGUGGAAAGCUGUGCGAGUGCGAGACGCUGCCUGACCUGGCUCGCUCCCAGGAGCCGAGCGACCCGAUCCGGGCCAAGCGCGCGUUCGCGGUGGCUCGGGUAGAUCGUGUGCAUUGGGAGGAUUUGAGCGCGUUUUGCGCAGACUCUCAAGGCACUGACAGUGGAGGCAAGGGAAGUGCCUCUGAAGGCGGCGGCAAGGGGGCUCCUGCUUACAGGGUGCUGGGUCGUGGCCAAAGUCCCCACAGCGAAAGCAGUACACCUUCGCUGAUGCCGCCAAACCCUGCCAUGGCAGCCCAAGCCUGGUCCACCGACGAAAGCAGCCCGGACGAGGCUGGAGAAGACAGAUUCUUGUUCGGGGAGGAGACCAGAAGCACCAGCGGUGGCUACAUGAAGCGACGCCGGUCUCGGGCCACAGGCAGUGAGCGUCCUUCAGCAGCAUCGGGGAGCGCCUCGCGCCGCGAGAGUCAGGCAGAAAGGAACAACCAGUCCAGCCCCCACCGACGAUCCUUGCUGGAAAGCCUGACGGAAGGGGUGGCGAACCUCUGGGCCAACCGGCCAGAGGCACCGCAGGCCACUCCACCUUCAUCGCGGGACUCCUUCCAAUCAACGGUCCUCAUAAGCAAGGAUGAGGCCGAUCUCGAGGAGACGAGGCAGUCGGGCGACGGUGCUGCCAAGGAAGGCCCCAGCCUGGUCGACGGAGAGCCCCGGUCCUCGCAAGCAAGACGCGGGACGCUCUUUGAUUCCGCCGAUUUCGCCCAGAGCUGGAAGAGGCUGUCUUCAGACUUCUCGGCGGGCGUGGCAUCCAUCACGGAAGCCUUGAGAUCGGUUCCAACGCCUGAGGAUAGUAUGGCCGUGGACUAA